AACUAAUAAUGUUGCGAAAAAUUAUUUCAUCUAAUAAAAUUGUGGUAAAAAAUGUAUUUUUACCAAAGAUUCGACAUAUGUCAUCUGCCCAGGAUAUUCUCAAAGAUACAGAGAAGCAUUCUUAUGGAAAAUCCGAACGAAACCACUACGAUGUUGUGAUUGUGGGAGGUGGAAUGGUUGGGACAGUCCUGGCGAGUUCUCUUGGGAAUAAUGAACGUCUAUCGGGUCUCCGGAUCCUUCUCCUUGAAGCUGCUCCCAAAUUUCGUGGAUUUGCCGCCCAGAAGUACUCCAAUAGAGUCUCUGCCCUCAAUCACAAUACAAUUGAUUUAUUGAGCACAAUCGGAGCAUGGAAUCACAUCUCGUCAGUGAGGUAUAAGGAGAUUAAGGAGAUGCAAGUGUGGGAUGCAAUGUCGGAUGCAUUUAUUACAUUUAACAAUCAAGAGCAGGAAUUGGCGUAUAUUGUUGAGAAUGACUUGAUUGUUGAUGCAGCACUAAAGACACUCGAGAACAUCCAGAACGUCCGGAUUGAGUACAAUUCGAGCAUUGAGGAAUGCUCCCUACCUGCGGGGAAUGAGAUGCUCACUGCGGUUACCCUGAAGGAUGGGAGGAGAAUAACGUGCAAUCUACUCGUGGGUGCUGAUGGAGCUAAAUCUCUCGUACGGAGGACAAUGAAUGUGAAUACAUUUGAGAUGCCCUACGAUCAAUUUGGCAUUGUGGCUACAUUGGAGGUGGAUACAAGUGAUGGGAAUACAACUGCAUGGCAGAGAUUUCUCCCAACUGGACCAGUUGCACUGCUACCCCUCACAGAGCACCUUAGCUCACUAGUUUGGACAACAGCAUCCGAUGAGGCAAAGAAACUCCUCAAAUUGCAGCCAGAGGAAUUUGUCCGGGAACUCAAUGAAGCCUACCUGAGGAAUUACUGCGACAGUAAUGUGGCCACAGCUCUUGAUUCCCUCAAGAAAUUCAUUCUCCCACCAAGCACCCAAUCUCGGAAGAAUCCGCCAAAAGUAACAAAAGUUCUGGACAAUUCUCGAGCUGCUUUCCCCCUUGGAUUCUCCCAUGCAUCGGCUUAUGCCAAAAAUGGGGUUGUUCUCAUUGGGGAUGCUGCCCACAGAAUUCAUCCCCUCGCUGGACAGGGAGUUAAUUUGGGAUUUGGUGAUGUGAAAUGCCUCACAGAUUGCAUAGACAGUUCUGUGUGCAAUGGAGCACAUCCCGGAGAUUUGGGGUACCUUCUGCGCUACGAGAGAGAAAGACUUUCGCGCAAUGUUCCAAUUAUGGUGGGUACGCAUGGAAUUCAGAAGCUCUACGACACAAAUCUCCUUCCUGUUGUCCUCCUGCGGAGUAUUGGACUACAAGUUACGCAUUCAGUUCCUUUUCUCAAGAAAAUAUUUAUGGAUCGUGCCAUGUACUAAAAGGCUUUCAAGAUACAUUUAGUAUUUCUUUUUUUCAUUAAUAAAAAGGUGUUUGUUUUCUCAAA